AUGCCGUUCCUCAACCUCGCCCCAGUCGAGCGACCCGCUCCCCAAACCCAGCUGUCUGCGACCGCCACCGGCGUCUCGAGCCCUCCAGACCACGUCGACAGAUCAGACAAGCCUGUGCUGCCCGAGCCCUCCACCAUGCCAACUACCAAAGGCAGCAGUCCCGAUAAGACUGCCUCCGAGUGUAAAUUCUUGAAGCUGACGCCGGAAUUGAACAGACCGUUCAUUCCGACUGAAGCUCAAAGUUCAAGUCCAAGGACCAGCACCAGCACCAGUACCAGUACCAGUACCGGUGCGGGUGCGGGUGCGAGUGCGAGUGCCGAGCAGGGGUGUCAUGGAGACAAGGCUGUUGUCCAGGCCCAGGAGAAAGAGUGA